GAAACCAGGCUGAGCGAGAGCAAAGGAGACAAAAAUGAAGAAGAAAAGGGAAAGGAAACUCCCCCCAAAGACCUGGCCCAGAAACGAGACCUCAAAGUGGGCAAAGACUCCAAAAAGGAGGAAGGUGUUCAGAAAACAGAGCCCAAAGGUAAAGCUGAGACUGAGCCCAAGAGCAAAGAGAACAAAGCCAUGAAUGAUAAAGUGAAGGCCAUGGAGAAAAAGCUGAUGGGGAAGGACAAGAAGGAGGAAGAGAAGGGCUCAGUGCUGAAGAAGGACACAGGGAAGGACCACAAGGAGGAAGAGAAGAGCUCAGCAUUGAAGAAGGAGGCAGAGAAGGAUAAAAAAGAGGAGAAGGGCUCAUAUGUAAAGAAUAAGGAUGCAGGGAAGGAGAAAAAGGAAGAAGAGAAGGGCUCAGCAGCAAAGGAUACAGGGAAGGACAAAAAGGAAGAAAAGGUUUCAGCAUCCAAGAAGGACACAGGGAAGGACAAAAAGGAGGAGGAGAAGAGCUCAGAACCAAAGAGACAGGUGGAUAAAGCCACGGGAGGGGAAGGGGAGAAAGACAAAUUAAAAAAAGAAGAGGAAAAGGAUUCAGCUGGGAAAACAGUCAGGGUGGAGGAGAAGGAGAAACCCCGGGCAGAGGCAGAAAAGGCGGUGGCGGAGAAGCGGGAGGGCAAGGCUGGACCCCCCAAAGCCGUGGAGCUGCCCAAGGACGACGAGGCCUCAAGCAUCUUCGACGAGCUCAUCGAGAAGGUGAAGAACAACGACGCUGAGGUGACCGAGGUGAACGUCAACAACUCCGACUGCAUCAACAACGAGACCCUGGUGCGCUUCACCGAGGCCCUGGAGUUCAACACUGUGGUCAAGGUGUUCGCCCUGGCCAACACCCGCGCCGACGACCACGUGGCCUUCGCCAUCUCCAUCAUGCUCAAGUCCAACAAGGUGCUGACCAGCAUCAACCUGGACUCCAACCACAUCACAGGCAAGGGCAUCCUGGCCAUCUUCCGAGCGCUGCUGCAGAACGACACCCUGACCGAGCUGCGCUUCCACAACCAGCGGCACAUCUGCGGCGGCAAGACUGAGAUGGAGAUCGCCAAACUGCUCAAGGAGAACACCACCCUGCUCAAGCUGGGCUACCACUUCGAGCUGGCCGGGCCGCGCAUGACCGUCACCAACCUGCUGAGCCGCAACAUGGACCGGCAGCGGCAGCGGCGCCUGCAGGAGCAGAAGCUGGCGCAGGAGAGGGGCGAGAAGAAGGACCUGCUGCAGGUGCCCAAGGCUGGGGCACUGGCCAAGGGGUCCCCCAAGGCAUCCCCACAGCCGUCGCCCAAGGCCUCCCCCAAGAGCUCCCCCAAGGCAGGGGGGGCCCCCACGGCACCACCCCCGCCACCCCCUCCGCUCGCCCCACCCCUGAUCAAUGAGAACCUGCGGAACUCGCUGUCCCCAGCCACACAGAGGAAGCUGGGGGACCGGGCGCUGCCGGCGCAGGAGAAGAACUCGCGGGACCAGCUCCUGGCAGCCAUUCGCUCCAGCAACCUCAAACAGCUCAAGAAGGUGGAGCUGCCGAAGCUGCUGCAAUAGGGGAGGGGGGGUGUCCCCCCACGGCCCCCGCGGGACCCCCGGACCCUUCCUCUCCUCCAGACUGUUCCCACGGCGAGCCCUCGGGGUCCUGCGGUGACGGCGGGGGGGAGCAGAGACUCCGCGGGGCCGCGCGGGCGGGGCCGGGCCCGGCGGGACACGGCGCAGGACGUUGUAUUUAUUUUUUGGGACGGCUGGGAAGCCCUUCCGGCUCUUCCUUCUGCCAGCAGCACCCGGAGAUGUCACGGGCAGGGCUGGUCCUUAGGGAACACCCCCUAAGGUUGGCACCCUCCACGAAGGGGCCAGCAGGGGAAACCCCCGGCUUUGGGGGCACAGGGGACACCCAGGGUGCUGUCACAUCCCUUUUGGGGGCACAGGGGACACCCAGGGCGU